AUGUCGCCUCAUCGCUUCACCGAGUCGCAGCCGUUUGAUUAUGCCGGUUAUUUCGCCGCUGCGGUACAGUUUCUUCAAAAAUAUCGAUGGAUUUUUUGCGUCAAUAACACUAAGUUCAUACGUGAGGGUACUCUAAAUGUCUUGCCGCGAGAGUGGAUUGCUGAUCUCAAUUAUGCCUCAAAUGACGAGUUUAAUCGCAUACCUCUCGGUUACAUGAAGGACGACUGGUCUGUUUCGUUUCGUGAAUUUCUGUUCGCGUUGAAACAAUUGCAGGUACAGUUUGACGAGCAUGACUGUCGCCAUCCAAAACCCAGAAAAGGAAUCAGUGUGAAGAAGGGAUAUGAAAUAGAAAACCUGAGCAGUUUUAUCGAAAUUGUUCGGUCGCCGGAAGAUCAAUCGCUGGUUGUCGAUUUUGGCAGCGGUUUGGGCUACCUCAGUGAGCUGCUGCACGAGCGAUUUGGCCUCAAAGUGCUCGGAAUUGAAAGCAACCCUAGCCUGGUGGAAACAUGCAUAAAACGCCAAAAUCCUUCAAUACCCAGAAAACCCGUCCAAUAUUGCCACCAUUUCAUAACAGAGGAUUCAUUCGACUUCAUUCGAAGCGAAUGUGUCAACCGAUUUGGCGACAACACCAUCGAAGCAUCUAUUGCAGGUUUGCACGCUUGUGCAGAUCUUUCCAUUACGGCCAUUCACUGUUUCCUUCGCUGCCGAUGGGUGCAGUGCCUUACCAUAAUGCCUUGUUGCUAUCACAGAAUGAAAGAACCUGCCACCGGGACCACUACCGAGGAACGAGAGUUUCUAAAUAUCCCUCUCAGCAAUGAACUUGGCGCUAAGCUGAUGGCUGGCGGACGGAAUUUGAUCACCCGGUCGUUCCUGCGCCUAGGAUGCCAACAAACGGCUGCUCGAUGGGAAAAACGAACGCCUGAGGAGCACCACCUGCACGGGCAGGCAAUGUUUCGCCGGGCAUUGAUCGACGCAGCUCUGCAGCACGACGAAACUGUUCGUGUUGAUAAGCUGAAAUCCACCCCGAACGAGGCGACCGUGGAGAACGUAUUAGCGCAAUUUACGCUGCUGAAAUAUUCGGAUGGUGAACGUCUUGAAUGCGCUUGGACCGACGAGCAUAGGACCAAACUUGCUGCCCUGCUGGAGCAGUACGGACGUGAUGGACCUAGAUGGUCCGAAUACUUGGAGUGCCUUCAAACGUGCCUACAGUCUGUCUGUGAAAACGUUAUCCUGCUGGAUCGGAUGUGUUACCUAGAGAAUGCAAGCAAACACGAAGGGUUUCGUAUACGCCGAAAUUUAGUCCGACUUCGGGACGAUGGACUCUCCCCGCGGUGUUUCAUAUUCCACGCAUCGAAGAUACAAUAA